ACAACAGUCAACCUUGAAAGCCAAGAAAGCCGGCACUUUGGGUUUUGGAUUUCAAUCAUAUAUUUAUCAACCCCUCUGCGAGCCACCCUUUUUGUUUCGAUGGGUUAGAGUUCGUUUCUGAUCAGGAUCUAAAACUAUGAGUGUUCCGGGAGAUGACGAGUCGCUGAUUUUCGACGAGAGCGACUUGCAGGCCAUCGACGAGAUGGAGCAGAGGAGCCAGCAGUCUCAGAAAACCGUACCCUGCAGCAAGGUCACAGUCCUGAAGCGGAAAAGUGACUCGCCGAGCAAAGCAGCGGCCGCGGAGACUCUAAAAAGGCCACUGGUGGAUUCGAGCACCAACAACAGCAGCCCCAGCAGCGGCAGUGGAGGUGGCACCACGCAGGACUCGCAGAACAGCAUAUUCGCUUUCGGGCAAGACCUGCAGCAGAUCCUGCUGAGCAACGCCGACAAGUCACUGCUGCUGGAGACGCCCAAGAGGAAAAACCUGCUAGACAUGGUGCCAUCUCUGCGGACGCAGGAUUGCUCGGUGGGCUUUGAGAGUCUUGGGUCUUUCUACGGCUUGCCGGACAGGGUGUUGGAGCUGCUCAAGGAGCACAAGGGAGUGGACAAGCUUUACGAUUGGCAAACCGAAUGUCUGGCCCUAAGGUCAGUCCUCGAGAGGAAAAAUUUCAUCUACUCCAUAUCGACCAGCGGCGGCAAAACGCUUGUUGCGGAAAUUUUGCUUUUUCGAGAGAUGUUAUGUCGAAAGAAAAAUACCAUCUUUGUGCUGCCCUAUGUAUCCAUCGUGCAGGAAAAGGUCAGAUCGCUUUCUUCGUUUGCAUUGGAAAUGAACUUUCUUGUCGAGGAAUACGCUGCUGGUAAAGGCAUUUUGCCUCCUAAGAAGCGGCUGUGGAAGAACGUGGUGUUUGUUGCCACCAUAGAAAAGGCUCUCGCAUUGUUCAACUCGUUGGCCGAGGAGAAACGGCUGCACGAAAUUGGAAUGGUUGUUGUUGAUGAAAUCCACAUGAUUGGAGAGGCUGGACGCGGCGCUGUUCUUGAAAGCCUUAUAGCCAAAUUUAUGUUUUCCAGCCCGGAAACACAGAUCGUUGGAAUGAGUGCAACAAUCGGCAACCUAACGGAAGUUGCCUCUUUCCUUAGGGCGGAGGUUUAUUCAAAAGAAUUCAGACCUGUGGUACUUCAUGAGUUCCUUAAAGUGAAUGACAAUGUGAUUGCAAUCGAUGAUAAAAGUGACGACCAUUUCGUGCCAACGAGGAAUGUGCACAGUGACGACAAGCGAAAUGAUCCUGAUGGUCUGAAAGUGUUGGUUGCUGAAGUGGCUCCAAGUAAAUCGUGCCUGAUCUUUUGCGCCACAAAGAAAAACUGUGAAAACGUUGCUAUGCUGUUGGCUAAAUCGCUAGACAAGAGCAUGAAAUGCUAUAAAGGACGAGAGAAAGUGGAGCUGUACCAUGCCUUGAAGGAGGAAGGCAGCGGAGUUGUCUGUGAUGUGCUCAAGAGGACCAUUCCCUAUGGUGUCGCAUACCACCACUCUGGUCUCACAAUGAAUGAAAGGAAUCUGCUGGAAGAGGGGUUUCGAGCCGGAGUUCUUUGUUGCUUGUGCUGCACCUCGACCCUGGCUGCUGGAGUCAAUCUCCCCGCCAAAAGGGUGAUCUUGCGGAGUCCGAAAAUAGGCAGAGAUUACCUCACCCUGAGCCAGUACAAGCAAAUGACAGGGAGAGCAGGCCGAGCUGGAAUGGAUGACGCAGGCGAAAGUAUCCUCAUCUGCCAGGAAUCGGAGCUGGAGGAGGUGAAGCGGUUUCUUAAGUCUGGAAUGACUUGGUGUCACAGUCAGCUGGGAAACACACCCAGCGUGGCUGAGGGACUGAUUCUGAGCCUCAUUGGGCUGGACUUGGCCACUUCCUGCCGGCAGUUGUGCCACUUUUUGCGCCAGUUCACCCUGCUUGGUAUUCAGUCUGGUCAAGAGGUGGAACAGCUUGUCGAGAAGGUUGUUGCUGAGCUGUACAAAAAUCAGGUGCUGGUGCUGAAGGAGGAUUCCCCCUUGCUUGAGGACACCAGUGAGCUGAAAGUCAGUCCGCUAGGAAGAGCAGCCAUGAAAGCAAACUUGACCAUGGACCACGCCAAAACCCUUCUCAAUGACCUGAGCCAAGCUCAAGGGGCGCUCAACCUUCUUUCCCCGCUCCACUUACUGUACCUGAUUAUUUCCCCUGAGAGGGUCGAAAGCAACAGAUUCUCAGCUGUUGUGUUCGCCAAUGUGCUUCUCAAACUGUCAUCCAAUGACAAAAAGACUGCUGAACUGAUUGGAAUCACUGAAGGAGUCAUCUCCACCCUGAUGCGAGGAUGCAAGCCUAAGGCUGUGCCUGAGUGUGUCUUGAACCGAUUCUACCUCGCGCUACUGUUAAGCGCCAUGUGGGAUGGUCAGAUGAUCUGGAACGUGUCUGAUAAGUUUGACAUUCCCAGAGGGGACAUUCAAUCUCUGAUGGUCGCCUCUGCGAGUCAAGCGUCCAAUAUCAAGACCUUCUGCCAGGAGUACGAAGGCUCCUUGUGGUGCUUCCACUCACUUUUGACCAAAAUCUGUGAUAGACUGUCUCACUGUGGCUCUUCUGAAAUCUUGGAGCUGAUGGAACUGCCUGCUGUUAAAAAGGGCCGAGCGCAGCAACUGUUCAAAGCGGGCUUCAAAACGCUGCUGGACGUAGCCUCAGCAAACCCUAAGGAGAUGGUUAGAAAAAUCGAGCACCUGCCCACCAAAGUGGCCAACCAGUUAGUCUCAUCUGCCAAAAUGCUACUGAUGGAAAAGGCAGAGUCCCUGCGAGAGGAGGCAGAAAUUGUGUUUGGAUCAAUGAAGGAGCAGCUGCUGGAAAGCUUCUCCCAGUCUCCUAAUAGGACCAUGAAUCAAUCGAUUCUGUUGUAAGCUCAAAAAGGCUUUUAAUUGAGAGAUGAGUCUUGUUAAUUUUUAAAUAUCUUUAAUUAAAAUUCUAAUUAUAUAAAUUUUCAUUAGUUUCAAUGGAAAAAUUUGAACACUGCUUUGGCGGUGGCACUUCCUGCACAUUCAGUCAACUCUUCCUCAGUUGCGUAGGAAAGUCGGCGAAUGGUGACAAACUUCUCUACAAGUAGUUGUGCCUUUUUGCGGCCUACAUUUGGAAUGUUUGUCAGCAGCGCGAGUUGCUUCGAGGCAAGGUCGGUAGUGUGAGGUGUUGAUUUGACAGUCAGAAAUGGGUUGAGGUGCUUGUUGGACCGCGUUUGAGCCAAAUCUUUCAGCAGCACAGGCAGCUCUGGCAAACUGGCCACUGGGAUCACAUUUGAGUCGUGCUUUAACGUGGCACAAGUCUGAACGCCUUUAUACAAAUUUGUAGUGGAGCAAUUCCUUUCGGCAACGAUUACACCUGCGCUUCCCCAUGCCUAUAAGGACAAUAAUUACAAAGGAAUUCUUGUUCAAUUGCCUUGGAAUGAAAAAACAAACGAAAAUUUUCUCUGCUCUCAUCCAGUUUGUAUGUAGGAUUUCGCACCUUUUUGAAGCGUUUGAUUUUGGCUGCUAUCUCCACAUCGGCUCCAGAUGAAUUUUCUGAGCAAAUCACAAUAACAGGGGUGUUUUGAGCUGGGAUGAAAUCGACCGGCGCACCACUCAAACUGUGCAGAGAAAAAGCGACUCCUCCGUGAAACC